AAAAUGUCCACACAAGAGGCAACAUCAACAUUAUCGGCAAUGGAAUCAUUGUCUCGAUACGUCAACAUCUUUAACAAACUUGCCGAUAUUCUUGUUGGAGAGUUUCAAAAUCACCCAUAUCGUUCAUUGAUUGAUGUUUCAAUUAUUGUUUUAAUUGUUUGGUAUUUGAUGAGCAAGAGACGUUCAGCUGUGCCACCACAAAAACUUUCCAAGAAACAAGAAGAUGAAAUUAUUGAAGAUUGGGAACCUGUACCACUUGUUCCAACCUCUGAUGAUAGCAAUGUUGAUGCUACAAUUAAUGCUAUGAAGGAACAUGAAUAUGUCGUCACUUCAGUUGCCGAUGUUGAAUUCACUGUUGAAGGAAAGAAGGACAAGGUUAUUAACUUUGGUACUAAUAACUUUUUGGGUUUUAUUGGUGAUAAGGAUAUUCAUGAAAAGUGUAAGGAUACUGUUCGUGAAUAUGGUGUUGGUAGUUGUGGUCCUCGUGGUUUCUAUGGUACUAUUGAUGUUCAUCUUGAUUUUGAAAAGUUGUGUGCCAAGUUUAUGGGAACCGAAGCUUGUAUUUUGUACUCUUUCGGUUUUUGUACAGUCAGUUCUGUUAUUCCAGCAUUUUCCAAGCGUGAAGAUGUUAUUCUUUGUGAUGAAGCUUGUAAUUAUGCCAUCAAGACUGGUUGUCAUUUAGCCCGUUCAACUGUUGGUUACUUUAAACAUAAUAAUGUUAAAGCUCUUGAAGAUAUGAUGAAGGAAAUUGUUGCAAAUGAUAAUGGUGCCACUCCAAAGAAUCGUCGUUUCAUUGUUGUUGAAGGUGUUUAUGAAAAUAAUGGUGAUAUUGCUAAUUUGAAGGAAAUUAUUGCUUUGAAGAAGAAAUAUGUCGGAUUUAGAAUUAUUCUUGAUGAUAGUUAUGGUGUUGGUGUUUUGGGUAAAACUGGUAGAGGAACAAUUGAACACUUUGGUUUGGAUAUUAAUGAUUUUGAAAUUGUUUGUGUUAACAUGGAAAAUUCAUUCGGAUCUGUUGGUGGUGUUUGUGUUGGAUCUAACAUUAUUGUUGAUCACCAAAGAUUAUCUGGUGCUGGUUACUGUUUCUCUGCUUCUUUGCCUCCAUAUUUGUCAACUGCUGCUAUUGAAGCUAUGAAUAAGCUUGAUACUAAUCCUGAUAGCUAUUUGGUUCCACUCCAAAAGAAUGUUACCCUCCUCUCUGAAACUCUUAACAAGAAGAUUUCAUUCAAGAAUUCCAAGUUGGUUCUUCUCCAUGAAGAUAAAUGUCCAAUCUUCCACAUUCGUCUUGCUGAUGAUCACCCUGCUAAGGCUGCUUUACUUGAAGCUAAGAAGCAAGUUGACCAAUUCAAGUCCAAGAAGAAUAAGAAGCAAAUGGCUCAAGCCAGUAUUCUUUUCUAUGAAGAAAGAAAUAAGGUUCAACAAAAGUUCAAGGAUAUUGUUUCUAAGGCUAUUGACCAAGGAGUUGCUGUCGUUUGUCCAAAUUAUACACACAGAGAAAUUACCUUACCUGAACCAGGUUUGAGAUUAUCAGUCUCUUCCAAACAUACCAAACAACACCUUGAAAAGUGUGCUGAUGUUUUGUCUUCUCUUUUUGCGGAAAUUUUGCCAUCAAAGAUGUAAAAUAUUUAUUUGUUAAAUAAUAAUUAAAAAAUUCAAAUAUACAAUAAUAAUUCAAGAUACAAUGAUGUGUUAUUAUUAAUAUAAGAAAUAUUAAG